AUGGUGAUAUUACCAAUGAUGAUCGGAAUACUUGCAAUGAUGAUGGCUCCGGCGGCGGAAGAUGGAAGAGAUGUUGAGACAAAGGCGGAGAGAAGCGUCGCACAGAGAGUGGUUGUUACGACGACGGCAGCCUCUGAGACUGAGAGAAACGCCGAGACCGAGAAAAAUGUGGCUGGAAGAAACGUGAUGGUGGCUGCGGUAGCAGUUGCGACGGCGGCGAUGGCCGCAGGGGCGGUGAGAGAAGCAACAGCGGCAGCGGCGGCUGAUAGAGAAGCUGCCACUGUGGUUGCGACGGCGACGGCGGAUAGACAAGUUGCGGCCACAGCAGCGGCGGCUGAGGCGGCGAGUGCGGCGGCCAAGGCGGCGAGUGCGGCGGCUGAAGCGGCGACUGAGAUGACUACGUCGUCUAAGGCGACAAUUGCGGCGGCUGAAGCAGCGACUGCUGCGGCGGUUGAGGCGGCGACUGUGGCGGCUGAGGCAGUGACUGCGGCGGCAGCACGCAUCAUGCCCACGUUGGAGCACAACGUCGAGGCACAAGUCGAAGUUCAGUACUAG